AAGCCUGCGACGGCGCCGACACCGGUCUCAUUUUCCGACGCUGUAAACUCUUUUUCCGGCCUUUUACUUAUCAUCUUACACACUGCCCUUGGGUAGUGAUCAGCCUGUGAUCCGGAACAAUGAGUGAGGCUGUGAACCCGAAGGCCUACCCGCUGGCGGAUGCCCAGUUGACCAACACCAUCCUGGACAUCGUCCAGCAGGCGGCCAACUAUAAGCAGCUGAAGAAGGGUGCCAACGAGGCGACGAAGACUCUGAACCGCGGCAUUUCCGAGUUUGUCGUUAUGGCCGCCGACACGGAGCCUAUUGAGAUUCUGCUGCACCUGCCCCUGUUGGCUGAGGACAAGAACGUGCCCUACGUGUUUGUCCCCAGCAAGGCGGCGCUGGGUCGCGCAUGCGGCGUGUCGCGCCCGGUUAUCGCGGCCUCCGUCACCACCAACGAGGGCAGCCAGCUGAAGCCCCAGAUUCAGAACCUCAAGGGUGCCAUCGAGAAGCUGCUCAUCUAGAGGGCUCAGCAGCCUGGACAGUGCCUGGGACGUGCUGGCUGCAACGCCAGACCCCAUCCCGCACUCGGGAUCCCGGUCGCCAGUUUUCACUGUUGCGGCGGACCCGUAAUCCACUGUAACCCAUACGACACCUCUU